AUGCCGUCCAGACGACCAAACAAGAAGAAGAAAGCUCGUCGCAUUCGCAUCGAGCGUAUAACGUUAUCAAAAUUACUGCUUGAGAUGAACAAAACGAACUUGAGAGAGAAGAUCAAGAAAGAUGCCGAGAAUUCUUACAAGGGCCAGAUCCCUAAAGAGCAACAACUCGAUGCUGUGAUGAGCCUGGUUCAACUUCAGCAUACAUUUGUCAUGGCUGGAACCGGCUUUGGAAAAACGCGCAUCGCUGAGAUGUAUCUCAACCUGUUUACUGCCCAGGACGGAGUCGUCCUAGUCUUGAAUCCACUCGAUGCGUUAGGAGAUAAUCAAGUUGCAGAAAAGAUUGCGCAAGGUUACACGGCAAUCAACUUGGCUAAGAUGACGUUCAACCAGUCGCUUUCCGAUGAAAUUUUAGCCGGAGUUUACAAGUUUGUCUACUUGAGCCCUGAGACCUUUGUGGAUAACGACCUCUUUGUAUCACUCUACUAUAAGCGGGAAUUCCAGGCUCGGUUGGCCUUGAUCGUCAUUGACGAAGCCCACAUCAUCUACAGCUGGGGUUUGGUUGCAAGUGGGGAGGCAAAGAAGUCAUCGGCUCACCUACGAACCCAUGACGUUGCGGCUUUCCGACCGUCUUACGGAAAUAUGGCGGCUCAGUUGAUGGCAAACGAGGGCGUACCAAUCUUAUUCUUAUCGGCAACUUGCCGUCCGGAGGCAAGGAAAGCGAUCUUUGAGAAUCUCAAACUUGACUCAGAUAACGUCACGAUCAUCCAUGCAGAGCUCACAAGGCCCGAAAUUCGUAUCUUACGAUUCCCGAUGGAGUAUCCAUUGAAGAAGGCCUACGACCUCCUCCAACUUUUUGGACCAAAAGAUGAGAUCCCCGAUUGUGAUCUUCCUCCAACUCUAAUUUAUUCUGGUACACGAAACGCUACGGGCCAGAUUUUGAAGGUAGUGAACGAGGCCCGAGGCACAAUUGGUGGGGAAAAGAAUCCACGUAGUACUCUCAUCCGUCGCUACCAUGCAGUAACAGGAAAUCUUGACAAGGUUGACACCAUCAGUGGCUUUGAGGCAGCUGAAUUCCCAUCCAUAUCCUGUACGAUGGCUUUGGGGUUGGGCCAGAAUUGGAGCCGAGUCAGACGGGUUAUUCAUCUUGGGCGAGCGGAUCCGUCUAACAUCUGCCAGAUGAUCGGUCGGUGCGGACGUGACGGUAAACCUGGACUAGCUGUGCUUUUCAUGGAAAAGAAACGGAAGGGUGGGAAGAACAAACAGGAAGAUUUUUCAGCCUCCGACAAAGAAACCGACGACUUGAGGAUGGAUUCUCUGGCAAUCACCCCAGUCUGUCUCAGGAUUUGUUUUUCACUUGACAACUUGUCUGCCGACGAUCCUAAUGUCUCAAGGGAGAGAUUGCGAGAAGAAUCGGAGGGCUUUUUGCCUUGUAAAUGCUCAAAUUGUGAGCCAGAAGAAGCGGACCGAUUGCGCAAACACAUGGCCAAGAUGAAUCUAGAAAACUUCCUUACCAUGUGCGAAAACGCCAAGGACCUUGAGGAUGUCGAGUAUGUUCUGAACAAGAAGAAGAAGACAACUCGAGUUAAAAACAAGACAAAGAUGACUCCAAUGCUUGAUGCGCUAUCAGACACCUUACUCAAGGAUUUCAGCGAGUUUUUCGAUAACCUAUUCGUCGAAUCGUCUACAUACGUCGCAGAGGACCUCUUCGACAGAAAUGCAGCAGAUUCGAUUGCCAAAAAUCUUGAUCAGAUAACAACCCCUAGUAGUAUAGCUAUGUACAUUGGAGGCGAGAGGAUUUUGGGACAAUUGGAAAUGCUACAUAGUUCUGUACUGAAGUUUCGACAAGGAGAAAUCUAUCGGAGCUACCUUUCAGACCUUUUACGCUACAACAACCGGGUCGUUAGUGAAAAGGAACGCCUAGAAAACAAAAUGGAACAGAAGAAAAUCAACACAGAAGCAAAGAAACAGGCUGAUGCAGAACAUCGAAGGGUCCAGGCUGCUAAGAAAAAAGAGGCUGCUGAGCAAGAGAAGCAACGAAAGGCUGAAGAUAAGGCUUAUAAGAAGGAAAUGGACAGUCGAGAAAAAGAAAGGAUAGCCCAGGAGAAGGCUGAUAAGAAGAAACUCGAUCAAGAAGAAAAACUCCAGAAAGCACUUGAGAAGGCAGAGGCGACUCGUUUGGAGAAGGGAAGGAAACAGUUUGAAAGGGAUGAGAAAGAUAAGGAGAAGAAAAGGAAAGCAGAGGAAGUAAAGUUAGAAAGGCAGAUCAAAAAACAAAAGAAAAGUGAAAAGGAUCAGAAAGAAAUCAGAAAAACAAAUAAGAAUGCAAAGCCGAAAAGAAAAGGGUGCAGCAAACCGAAAACGAAAAAAUGA